UGAUAAAGACGAACUCACGCAGACGUUUGAACAGCGAGCGAUUUGUGUUUGAUCAUCGUUUCAUGAUUGUAAAACAGCUGUUUUCCAGCUUGGCCAGGAGUUAUUAAUUUUGAGGAGAUUAUUGAAUUGCGUACAACGCGACGGGGUAUGAGAGAACAGAAUCUGAGGCUCGCGUUUUUGGGAGAUCCGGACGCAGAAUGCAACAUCUGUCGGACGAGCACGUCCAGCUGCUGGAGUGGUCCAAGGAGCAGCCGCUCUCUGUCUACCAACUGGAUCCGGCGGAUCGCGUGGUCCUCAAAAUAGCAGAUGAGCGCGAUGCCAUUCAGAAGAAGACGUUUACGAAAUGGGUGAACAAGCACUUGAAAAAGGCCGGAAAGACGGUGAACGACUUGUUCGAAGAUCUGCAAGAUGGGCACAAUCUGUUGUCGCUGCUGGAAGUCUUGUCAGGUGAACUGCUGGCGCGCGAGCGUGGCCGGAUGCGCUUCCACAAAGUGCAGAACUGCAAUGCGGGACUCCAGUUCCUCAAGUAUCGAAAGAUUAAAGUUGUUAACAUUCGGCCGGAGGAUAUUGUCGAUGGGAAUCCCAAGCUGACGCUGGGCCUCAUAUGGACCAUCAUCCUGCACUUUCAGAUCUCAGUGAAUUUGGCGCAGAGCCACAAUCAGGGCCAGGCGGAGGCCAGUCAGCAGCACGAGGAGUUGAACGCGCGGGAAGCCCGCAACGCGCUGCUGGUGUGGGUGCGGGAUAUUGUCAAGGGCUAUCCGGGUGUCAGCUGCAAGGAUUUCUCCCGUAGUUGGCGCGACGGGCUGGCCUUUAGCGCGCUCUUCCACCGCUACCGGCCGCAGUUGAUUGAUUUCCGUGCCGCUCGACAGCGCACCAACCGUGAGAAUCUUGAGAUCGCCUUCAGUAUUGCCGAGAAGGAAUUCAACGUCACGCGCCUUUUGGAUCCGGAAGAUGUGGACACUCCGGAACCGGAUGACAAGUCGGUUAUUACCUACGUGUCAUCGCUCUACGAUGUCCUCAGCAACACCGCGCCGCAGCUGGAACCGCUGCGUGAAUCGCGUACGAAUUUGUACGUGGACCAAGCGGCUGCGCUGAGCAGCUGGAUGACGCGGAUCAUCAGUCAGAUGCAUAAAAAAUACGAAACCUCCAGUGAUCGCGAAACACGGAGUUUGAUCAAAGAAUGUGCCUCUUUGCGGUCGGAUGAUCUUCCAAAGAAGCUGGCUGUCAAGAAUCAGCUCAGCGAGUUGUACUAUGAAUUAGAGAAUUUAUAUAUCAAUGCCGCCUCAGUGCCUGUGAAGGAGGAAAUCCAGCCGGCCACCCUGGACAAGGUGUGGCGACUGAUGCUGCAAGCCAUCGACAAUCGAGAGCACGCUCUCCAUGACGAUCUGCGCCGCUGUGAGCGUCUCCAUCCCAAAGCGGAAUCCGUACGCACCUCCGUCCUCAUCAUCGUCGACCGACUGAAUCAGCUGCGGGAUCAGAUGAAGCAGGAUGAACUGCGUAUUCGGUCGGUGAAGAAUCCGUACGAGGCCAAAAGUAUUUGUGAUAAUUAUGAUACGCAACUGCGUGAUAUGGAUGUGACAAUCCGCACCACGAUGACCGAUGCACGGACACUGCGGGAUGCGCGCUAUUACGAUGCGGAGACUAUUUAUUGCACUGUGCUGGAAGUACAGGAGAAGUUUAUUACCAUAAAGCGCUUCUACCAGGAAGGAAUCAUUGCUCAGAUCGCGGGGAAGACGUUCACCGCCGAAGAACGCCAGGUGGCGCGCCGUGUGGAGAAGAUCUCGUCGACCCGCCUGGUGGAGCAACGGGAACAGAGCGACGACAGUCAGAGUGACGACACGCGUUCGUUCGGCUCCGAUGGCUCUUACGCCAGCACCAGCGGUCUGGGACUGCGCAGCGAUGCCAACGGCAUGUCGCCUGUGGUGCACAUUCAGUCGUAUAACGAGCGCGGCGUGGCCAACGCUGGGCUGUGGAUUAACGGCAAGGAGGUUGCCAGCGGUGCUGGGCCAGGUGAACCGGUGAACGGCACGCACGGCAGUCAUCUCGUGCAUGGUCGCUCUCCUUACGAUAACCUGGGUGCCCCGCAAGCGAACGGCGAUCGACGCCGCUCCAGUAGUACGCUGGAGCCGGUUCUCCAUUCGGCCGAACCCCAUCAACGCACCGAACCCAAGUCGGACGGAGCCAGUCCUAAGAAUAAGCAGUCCAUGGGGCUGUACUACUUUGGAGCCCCCAACGGCAACGGCAGUCGCCGCGGCUCCACGGAUUCAGGUGCCUCGUCCGCGGUGGACUCGGCUGGUCGACGGGGCUCUUCCUCGGACCACCGGCUCGUGGGUACGCAGACCAACGGGCAGAAAACCGUCGAUGCCGAGGUGCAGUACCAUCCACCGAUCGACCCGGUGGCAUUGCAGCGCAAAGCCCGCGCGGAUUCUCUUAAAGAGAAAGCAAACCAAGUUCUUGUCCAAUUGGAAGCCUUCAGCCAGACCCUGGCCGGCCUAGACGAGCAGUGCUCGGAUCUGUCGACUUGGGUGUCGCAAUGUCGCGCCAGCCUGUCCGUCGUCAAACCCAUCAAUUUCUCCAGCGUCACUUCUAUCCAGGACGCCCUGGUGGACAUUGCCAAAGUGCAGAAGCAGGUGACCUCCCGCGGCGCCGAUCUCAGUGCCCUGCGCACCCAGGUGGAGUCGGCGCGCGGCCAGUCUAAAGGCCUGACGGCGCUCCUCAACGAGCACCGCGCCCACAUGUCCGGCACUCCGCCGGCCAUCUACGCCCAAUCCAACGAGCUGCAGACGGCGCUGGCUAAUACCACGGCGCAGUUGGACCAGCUGACGGCGGAAGUGAGCAAUAAACAGCAGAAUCUGCAGUGCUUGGUUGAGCUGCUCGUAGCCUACAACGCCCAUCACGACGAGGCCACGGGAUGGAUGAGCGUCCACGAGCGACACAUCAACGAAGCCGAGGGAAUGGCCAAUGAUAAGCACAGCCUGGAAAUGGCGAAAUUACGGUUCGAAGAAUUAGAACGGCAGAUGGGUGAAUUCCAGAACCAGAUGGACCGCCUCGUGGGCAUCAAUGGCGAUAUUCAGCUGCGUACGGAUAAUCAAGCCGAGGAAAUGCGCGGCAAACAGGACAAACUGCUGGACCGGUGGGAGGAGCUAAAGCGCGCCGGCAGCGAUCGAAUGCGUGCGCUGGACAGUGUGUCCUUCUUCCUGCACGAAUGCGAGCUGCUACAUGGCUGGCUGCUGCAGAAGCAGAAGAUGCUGUCCGUUCUAGGACCGGUGUCGUACGAUCUGACGCUGCUGGAGCACCAGAAACAACAGGUGGAUCUCUUGCUGGAGGAACUGGGCGGUCAGCGCACGCUUAUCGACAAACUGCACGAGGAGUCGGAGCAGGUCCUGAAGCGUACCAAGGAGUCCGAGCGGCAGAGUUUGCUCGGGAAGCUGCAGGCGGUGGAUGAGUUGUGGGCGGAUCUGGGCAAUCAGUUGGAGAACCGACGCCGGCAGAUUGAGAACGCUGGCUUUGCCAGCCAGGUGUUUACCGAAAGCUGCCAGACUCUGAACGAAUGGCUGGAUGAAAUGAAGAGGGUCUACGAGAACUUUGUGCACGGCGAUAGCGCAUCCAGUGCACAAAACCAGCUGCAGGAACUCGACCGGAUCGAGGCGGAAAUCAGUGGUAAAGCCUACCUGAUCAAGAAUACGGAAAACGCGGCGGCUACGCUGUGUGAAGUGCUGAACAACGAAGUGAUCUCCAGCGAAAUCAACUCCAAAUUGGACGCCGCUAAACGGCAGUACGCUGAUCUGCAGAAGCGCGGUGAGAGUCUACGAAGCGGGUUAGAAAGAAAUGUCAAACAAGGGCAGGAAUUCGAGCUGGCCUUCGAAGAACUGUCCAAAUGGCUGCGCCUGAUGGACGACCGUGUCCGACCCGAUGUUAAGAUCUCUGCGCUGCUGGACGUUGUCAGCCAUCAAUUGGAGGCCUUUGACGAUGUGCGGAGCGAAGUGGCGCGCCGCGAAUACGAUGUGCACGCCCUUUUAAAACAAGGACGGGAGUUGGGCAGCCGCUUACCCGCGGCCACCGCCACUCGCUUGGACGCCAUGCAGGCGCAGUGGACGGGUCUCGACCGACAACUGUCGGACCGGCACAAGCAGCUCAGUAAUGGAGUGGAUCUGGCCAAACGCUACAAGGUGUCCGUGGAUGUUCUGGAACCAUGGUUGGCUAAGGCGGAGCACAUUGCUGCCGAAUUCAAACCACCGAAAUUCAAACAAGAAGAAUUGGAUGAUCAAGUGCGGGAGGUGCAGGAUCUGCGUACCGAUAUUUCUGGGCACAGCGGCGAUCUAGACGCCGUGCAGCAGCACGGCAGUUCCUUGCUGACGGCCUGUGAAGCCGAUCUGGAAGGGGUGCGCGACGCCGUGGACACGCUGCAGACGCGCUGGGACACGAUCAACGAGAAGACCAUGGUGCGGGCCCGCUCACUGGAGGAUAUUGCCCACCGUCUAGGCGACUACGAGGAAGCCAUGGCCACGCUACAGGGCGCGCUGGCCCACGCGGAGGAGAAGCUGGUGCAGGCGGAAGACAGCCAGCUUGAUCAGAAGUCCAUGGACCGCGUGAUGGCGCUGAAGGACGACGUGGACAGCAUGAAGCGCCAGAUGGAUCUGGUGGAGGAUCUGGGGCAUGGGCUGCUGGCCGAUGGGCAGGCGUUAGACGGGGACGUCAGUCAUAUUGAAGAGGCGCUGCUGGCCAGCCGCACGCGUUACCAUUCCCUGGAUAAUUCCAUCGCCGAUACCAUGGAGUUUCUGGAGAAGGCCACGGCAGCGGUGGGCCGGUUUGUGGACGAACUGAAACAGACAGAACAGUGUGUCAACGAGCUGGAGGACGAGUUGGACAAUAUGGGCCCGCAAGGGAAGGAUCUGGAGACGCUGACGGAUCAGCUGGUGCAGAUGGACCAGUUUGUCGGAAGUAUUGACGACACGGCUAAAGAGGUUCAUGAUGUUGAGGAAGCCCUGGAAGAUCUGGUAGAAAACAGCUACGUCAGUAAUCCCGAGCCGUGGCGCGAGCAGAUCGACGGUAUGAAGGACCAGUUAGCCAAUCUGGCUUUGCGUGCCAAUAACCGCGAGACGGAGCUGAAAUUAGCCAGCGAAAAGAUGGAGGAAUUCCACAACACCCUUAACUCCGUAAUGCAGUCCCUGUCGACUGGCGAGGACGGCGAGCAUCUCCCCAUCUCAGCGGAUGCCAACGGCACACAGCAACUACACCAGCAGUUUUUCCGCAAAUUGGACGGUGUCCUGGCAGCCUUGAACAGCACCGCCGAUAAACUAGCCAACUGCGAGCCCAUCUCGGCGCUGCCGGGGAAACUGCAGAAACAGAUGGAGGACAACAAUAAACUGAUUACGGAUCUGGCGAAACGGUCACAAGCGUAUGAAUCAGCGAAGCGGGCCGCUGGGGAACUAGCCAAGAUCGCCGGGCGGACCCCCGAUGACGGGGAGGCCGUGGACGCCAUCCAGGAUAAACUGGCCAACCUCGACGAUAUGUGGGACACCAUCCUCAAGGAGACGGAACGCCGGGGACGCUCGCUGGAAGAUACCUACAAGAUCUCGGUGAAAUUUUGGAAGGAACUGGCGGACGUCCAAGCGCUGAUCAAAGAGUUCGAAGCGGUCCUCCAGGGUCAGGAGCCGCCGGCGGUGGAAGUCAACACCAUCCGCAAACAGCAGGAUGCACUGCAGGAAUUAAAAGAGGAGUUCAAUCAGACGACGCAGCCGGAUUAUGAGCAGUGCGUCAGCACCGGACAGGAGCUGAUGGUCAAGUGCGGGGAGCCGGAUAAACCGGAAGUGAAGAAGAACAUGGAGGAUCUGGAUCACGCCUGGGGCAAUAUUACGCAGUUGUUCAUGCAGCGCGACACGGACCUGGUGGAGGCCAUGGAGAAGUCCAUGACCUUUCACGGACUGCUGCAGUCCCUGCUGGUGUUCUUGGAGGAAGCCGAGGACCAGCUGGCCGGGAUGGGGAGCAUCGGGGCGGAUAUUGAGGCGGUGAAGCGGCAGAUGGAGCAGCUGAAGGCCUUCCGGGCGCACAUGGAGCCCCACACCGUCGAAGUGGAGUCCCUAAUUGCCCAGGCUGAUGAGUUGAUUAUGAAGACGUCGGAGGAACAGGCGCUGGUGGUGCAGGGCCCGGUGGAGGAGAUCCGCGAGCGUUGGGACUCUCUCAACGACCAGGUCAACGAGCGCAAGAAGGAGCUGGAGGAAGCGCUGGUGCAUCUCGGACAGUUCCGGCACGCCCUGGACGAGCUGGUGGCCUGGAUUGUGGAGAAGGAGCAGGGCCUGGAUGAGUACACCAUCCCCUCGGGCGAUCCUAAGAUCAUCGAACUAGAGCUGGCCAAACACAAGGUGUUGCUGAACGAUCUGAUCGCCAACGAACGGACAUUGGACAUCUUGAACGAAGCCGGCAGUCAGAUCAUCGAGGAGAGCGAAGGCGGGGAGGACGCCGCGUCUACGUCGGCGCUGCUGGACGACAUGAAUCUCAAGUGGCAGCAGCUGCUGCAGAAGGCCGACAUUAAGCAAACCUUCCUGGAAGAACAUCUCAAAGAGGCGGAGUCGUUUCAAGACGAAAUACAGGAUCUGCUGAACUGGCUGGCCGACAAGGAUCAGCAUCUGAUUGCAUCGCGCCCGGUGGGCGGACUGCCGCAGACGGCCAAAGACCAGCUGGCAAACUUCAUGGAGCUGUACAACGAUCUGGAGGCUAACAAGGCCGUGGUGGAGCAGAUCCUCCGCCGCGGUGCAGAGUAUUUGACCAUGGCGCCCGACGCCAACUCCGUCAGUCUGGAUCACAAUCUCAAAACCCUUAAACACCGCUGGGAAGCCGCCCAGACAAAGGCCAAUGACCGCAAAAUUAAGCUGGAGAUCGCCGUGCGGGACGCCGUGGAAUUCUACGAAUCGCUGCAGGGUUUCACACUGUGGCUGACCAACGCCGAGAAAGGCCUUUCCGCUGCCAAACCACCCUCCCGCGUCCUGGAUGUAAUUGUCCAGCAGAUCGAGGAGCACAAGACCUUCCAGGAAGAUCUGUCGCAGCAUCUACCGCUUCAAGGCGCGCUCGACAAGAAAGGCACCACCCUCAAGUACUUCUCGCAGAAGCAGGACGUUGUGCAGAUUAAGAACCUGCUGGCCAGCGUGCAGCAGCGCUGGGACAAGCUGGUCUCGGCCUCCGCCGACCGCCAACGGGCGCUGAACACCGCCUACACCGAGGGCCGGGAGUUCAGCAAGCAUCACGCCGAGAUGCUGGAGUGGAUCGACGCCGCUGAACAACAGCUGGACGGCGUCACCGGCGUGCCGAAUGACCCGGAGAAGAUUAGAGCGCAGUUGGCCAAACACAAGGAGUUCGUCAAGGCUAUGGCCAGUAAGCAGGCGGCGCUGAGCGGCAUCACGAAGAUGGGCCGGAUCCUGAAGGAGAGCGCCGCCAAGGGCGAGCAGACGGCCAUCCAGAAUAUGCUGGUGGAGCUGCAGAAGCGCUGGAAGACGCUGGGGAGUAAAUCUGCCGAACGGCAACGGAAGUUGGAGGAGGCGCUGCUCUUCUCCGGGCAGCUGAAGGACGCCCUGACCUCCAUGCUGGACUGGCUGACCAAGCUGGAGCCGCUGCUGGCUGAGUCGCUGAAAGUGCACGGCGAUCUGGACACGGUGAAGGCGUUGGACGAGCAGUUCAAGGCGGUGGAAAACGAUCUGAGCAGUCGGGCGCCGAAUAUUGCCAGUGUGAAGAAAGCGGCUAAGGAACUGUUGGCCGGCACCCCGGAGCCGGAUGCCGUGAUGGCCCGGCAACUGGAAGAGCUGGAGGGGAAGUGGGACACCGUGAGGCAGCUGGCCGGGAAGCGGCGCGAACGGCUGAACGACGCCAUGCGCUGCGCCGUAGAAUUCCACCAGGUGCUGUACUCGCUCAUUGAGUGGCUCGGCGCCACCGAGAUGAAGAUCAGGGUCUUCCGGGCGCUUCCGGACGACGUCAAGGAGGUCCAGAUGGCCAUCUUCGAAAUCCACGAACAGCAAAGUGAAAUGCAGGCCAGACAAGUGAACUACGACACCGCGAUGGAAUUAGGCGCGGAAAUCCAGGCACAACCGCACCCCGACGCGGCGGCGACGGUGCGGCAUUGGCUGAAAGUGUUAGGUACGCGCUGGCAGGAACUGGAGCUGCUGAUGAAGCAGCGCGAGCAACGCCUGAAAGAGCACAUGACCACGCUGGAAAAGUCAGCGGAGGAACUGGAGCAGCUGCUGGUGUGGUUCUUCUCCGCCGAGGCCAACCUUGUGGCCUCCCACAGCGAGAUCCUCCCGGAGGAACUCGACUCCGUUAAACGCUUGAUCCAGGAGCAUCAGGAGUUCGAGACAGAGCUGUACGCCAAGCAGGCCACGGUGGAGCGGCAGACGCGGCAAACUGAUGGUGGAGAAGGAGGAGCCGAACGGCGGACGCCGGGGGCAAGGAGGAAGGAGAAGGCCGUGAUGGGGAAUAACGCGGCCAGGGAUUUAUUCACCCGCAAUAGGAACGUUCUGCAGCUGGCUGCUGAACGGCGAGAACGACUGGCCGAGCAGUUGGCGCACGUGUUGGAACUGGAGAAACUGCAGAAUUUCCAGUUUGAUGACUGGCGUCGACGGUUUGUGCGAUUUAUGAACGUGAAGAAGCUGCGCGUGAUGGACUUUUUCCGGCGACUGGAUCGUGAUGCCGACGGCAAACUGACACGUGACGAAUUUAUCGACUGUAUUCUGAAGAGCAAUUUCCAAACAACGCCGCUGGAGAUGGAAAUUGUGGCGGAUAUUUUCGAUCAGAACAAGGACGGCUUCGUUGAUUAUCCCGAGUUUGUGCACGCACUAAAGCCGGACUGGCGCAGCACACAGAACCUGACGGAUGCCGACAAGAUUGAGGACGAGGUGACGUUCCAAGUGCAGAAUUGCACCUGCAAGCACCACUACAAAGUCCAGCAUGUCGGCGAGGGACGCUAUAUCUUUGGUGAGUCGCAGAAGCUGCGGCUGGUGCGCAUUCUGCGCAGCACGGUGAUGGUGCGGGUCGGAGGCGGAUGGGUGGCGCUGGACGAGUUCCUCGUCAAGAACGACCCCUGUCGAGCCAAAGGUCGCACAAACAUAGAACUGCGCGAACAGUUCAUCCUGCCGGAAGGCGCCUCGCAGUCGAUGACGCCGUUCAAGGCCAAAUCGCACUCGCUGGCCACCACGCCCCUCUCGCAGCCCACCAUGGGCCCCAUCACUAAGAUCCGUGAGAAGUCGGUGCAUGGCGCCCCGUGGCGGCAGGAGAACGGGAAGGCCCGUCGCGGCAGUCUGGAGACCAGCAGCGAGCCGAGCGGGGCCCGCCACACCCGCCUCGUGGGGGGCGGCAUGGGACACUCGCACACCGACUCCCACCUGACGGUCAGCAACGGCCGCAAGGGCCCUUCGCAGCCCUCCUCUCGCUCUGUCAGUCAGCGCAACAGCCGCGCCCACUCCCCGGAACGGCCCAGCCACAGCGCCAGCAGCCACAACACCAACAGCAACCACUCGCGCUCCUCCAGCGUCUCCAACGUGUCUAAUCCGGGUCUGGCCCCGCCCAGCACCGCCUCCAAGAUCCCCUCGCGGCCCACCAGCGACGCCGGCGGCAAGACGCAACACAAACUCAACGGGCAUCCCCGCAAACGCUGAUGGUUGUUCCAAAAUGGAUGGCUGACGAAAAAAUGAUAUUUGUUGCAUUGCUGAUCAGUUAUAACCGGAAAUCAACGAACUGGACGCCCGGAGUCCAGUUGUACGAUGACUGCAUUCCUUCCUGAGGAAACGGGAAAGUGCCGUGUUUCUUUUUGAUUGUUGAUCUUAGAUUUUGAGUGGACCAGUUGUUUUUGCGUAUCUCAGUUUUGUGCUCGGUUCUUCUUUUUUUGUACGUAAUUCAGCCCAGUAAUUGCUGUUAUUUGACGACGGUUGUGCUUCUCCAAAGCUUUGAUAAUUUAAUUGAUUGUACUAUACUGUAGACACUGCAUCGGUGGAUCUUCUAUUGUACGUUGUAUAUGUAAUUAGAGAGACGGGUGAUAUAUGUUCUUCACUGCGUUUUUAUCUUUUUUAUAUUGGUCGGUGGUGUUUUUUUACUGUCGCUAUGAGUCGUGGUUUGGUGUCUAUUUUGUUAUCCGUGACAUUUGCCACGGGACUGUUCUUCCGUUUGCGUGUAUAUAAUUAAACAGGGGAAAAUUGUUUUAAUAAAAUAUAUGUAAUGCA